UAGCAAAGGAUCCCCUUUGCUAAGCAGGGUCUGCCCUGGUUUACGUUUGAAUGAGAGACGUGUGAUCACUGUAAAAAUAUUCCCUGAGGGGGGGUGGGGCCGCUCUGGGAAGAGCGUCUGCAGGCUUGCAAUGCAGAAGAUUCCAGGUUCGUUCCCUCCUUAAAUAGGACAAGGUUUUUUUAUUUUAUUUUUUAUAGGACAAGAUUUUUUUAUUGAACCGACAAAUUACCAAAGCAUACAGUAAAUAGGGCUGAGAGAGACUCCUGCCUGCAAUCCUGCUGCCAGUUUGUGUAGAUAAUACUGAGCUAGAUGGACCAAUGGUCUGACUCGGUAUAUGGCAGCUGCCUAUGUUCGUUCCUAACUCUUAAGCCUGCAAUUCUAUGCAGACUUAGGAGCGCUUUAGGAGCAUAUUAAAAAUUCAUUUUUGCUAGCACGACUCUCUGGCGUUCAAGACCAUUUAUUUCAAUGGAUGGAUUGAGCCAAGGGGGGGGCCGGGAAAAGCCGCUAACACUGCCCCUAUUUCCCGUCAUUACGUGAUACAGGGGGCGUGGCCAGCACGCGGAAAUUUGCGCCACAGGUGGUGGAGCGCUUGCUUUGCCAGCUGGGUGCUUCUUUUUCCUCCCGCCCUCCUUCAGUAGGGUGCAUGUGGUUGGUUGCAGAUCAACAAAGGGAGGGGCUAUUGGCUAAAGAACGUAAGAUGAGACGGGCGGUGAUGUUAGCGUGGAGGUGAGUGGAAGCAUGCAAGGCUCUAGACUGCACAAUGCGUGUGUGCUGGCUAGUAAGCAAAGAUAGAAGCUGUCAGCGAAUUAAACUGCCACACUUAGAAAUGGUGGUGAUAGGCCGUGGCCCUGAGACGAAAAUAACAGACAAGAAGUGUUCAAGGAGACAAGUGCAGCUAAAAGCAGACUGCAACAAAGGCUAUGUCAAGGUUAAACAGAUAGGGGUCAAUCCAACUAGUAUUGAUCUAGAGGACAUUGGCAAGGACCAGGAAAUUAAGCUGAAGCCAGGACAAAUUCUCCACAUAGUCAAUAAACUGUACCCAUACACUGUACAGUUCUUAGAUGAAAUGGGAUCAUGUGCUGGUGUGGAAGAAGUUAAACCAAAAGGCGGGAAAAGACCUUGCGAUGAAUCUGAGAACAAUGUGGAAUCCAUGCCAGGAAAACCUGCAAAAUUUGGGCAAAUGGAUCCCCAAGGCUCCAGUUCAAGUUACAAACAGAAUGACAGUAAUAGUUCCACUUCUUUGUGCCAAAACCCUUCCAGAAAAAAGGAAUGUUUGACGCAUUGGAGUCAAGGUCUGAAGGUUUCCAUGAAAGACCCAAACAUGCAGAUUUACAAGGAUGAGAGAGCUGUAGUUAUAAAGGAUAUGUAUCCAAAGGCCCGUUACCACUGGCUAGUGUUGCCAUGGGAGUCCAUCUCCAGCUUGAAAGCAGUAACUCAACAGCACAUUGAACUGUUGGAACAUAUGCAUGCAGUUGGGGAACAGAUAAUCCAACAGUGCCCUGAAAAAGAUACCUUACCCUUCAGAUUGGGCUACCACGCCAUUCCCAGCUUGAGCCACCUACAUCUUCAUGUCAUCAGCCAAGACUUUGAUUCUCCUUGGUUUGUAACCAAGAGGCACUGGAACUCUUUUACAACAGAAUACUUCGUAGACUCCCAAGAUGUCAUUGAGAUGGUAAAGAAGAAAGGAAGAGUAAUUGUAGACGUCUCCAUUUCCCAGCUCCUGAAACUGCCUUUGAAGUGUCAUGUUUGCAAACAACUACUACCAACUGUUCCUAAAUUAAAGGAACAUCUUGGGAAACAUUGGCCAAAGUGAUUGUGGAAUCUCUGUUCUAAUCCACUCAAUUACAUUUUACUGAUAAUUAGAUUAACUUAAUUCAUUGGUAACAUGCCGGCGUGUUUAAGACCAUACUGUGGCUGCUUCUUUUUAAAUGCACUGAAAACUGA